GGGAGCUGGGGACCGCUGCUCCACCGGAUUCCAAUGAAAAGGGGUGGUCUAUACCGAUGGUUCUCAAACUCGGCUCUAUGUUAGAAUCACCUGACGAACAUGAAAAGUACUGAUGCCCAGGUUCCAACCCUAAAGGUUGUGUGUGGCCGUCAGACUUAGGAAGUUUUGAAGGAGCCCCAGGUGAUUGCAAUCUGAAAGCGAGUUUGAGAAUCGUUCACCAGUUGGUGCGGGGUCCGGGCGUAGUGAGCGUCGCGCGCCACUGGGUGGCGCUGCCCGCUCGGCCCGGCGUUCCGGGAGGCGUGGGCCGCGGCCACUGGGUGCGCACCUGCCCCGCCUCCGCCAGGCGGGCCACGGGGCAUGCAGCCGGUUGGGGGCGGGGCUCCGAGGCCAGGACGCGGCGUCGGGAUCCCGGGUAGCCGCCGCCAACUGGACUCUGCCGCACUCCUCAUGCUGCUCGUGGACGCCGAUCGGCCGGAGCCCGUGCGCAGCGGGGCGCGCGAGCUCGCGCUCUUCCUGACCCCCGAGCCCGGGGCCGAGGCGGCGGAGGUGGAGGAGACCGUCGAGGGCUUGCUCCUCAGGCUGGAAGAGUUUUGCAGCCUGGCUGACAUGAUCAGGAGCGAUACCUCACAGAUCUUGGAGGAAAACAUCCCCCUCCUUAAGGCCAAGGUGAUGGAAAUGCGUGCCAUCUACGCCAAAGUGGACCAGCUCGAGGCCUUUGUCAAGAUGGUCGGGCACCACGUCUCCUUCCUGGAAGCCCACGUGCUUCAGGCCGAGCGGGACCACGGGGCCCUCUCACAGGCCCUGCGGAAGUGGCUGGGCUCCUCGGGGCUCCCCGCCUUCGGGAACAAGCUGUGGACGCCGCCGGCCCCGACCUUCGAGCUGCCCGCAUUGUACAGAACCGAGGACUAUUUUCCUGUGGACGCCGGGGAGGCAACGCGCCGAGCCCCCAGCUGCCAAAGGCGUCUGUGAGCCCUGCGGUCCUGCCGUCAGGGACAUCGGGAAGUGAAAUCUGUGUGCCGCGCAGAUUGUUUUUUGUUUUGUUUUGUUUUAUUGUUGUGGAUGCGUUUUCUGAAUUUUCCCCCUUGUUUCACGUGGGCCCACAGGGUUUGGAGAAGCAUUUAGAACCCACAGGUGGGCAGUGCCUCAGAGUUGAGCUGGAGAAGGCCUUCUCCACCGGCGUUUGUCCUGCCUGGUGUUCUGGGCAAGAUGGUCACCCAGGGGGAUGGGUUGUGGGGCCUUGGAUUUCCCUUUGCCUUGGAAGGGCUUUGCACAGGGGUUGUGAGGGGCUCGUGCAGUGCCCCCCGGGUGCGUGGCUCCAAGUCCAUGCGUGUCGGCCGGUUUGUGUGAACCCCAGUGCCCACUGGCCCUGUGAACCGUCUCAAUAAACGUGUCCAGGUCGC